UUGGCAAAUGGCAAUCAAGUUGUGAUUGUUGUUAAUAUUUUUCUGUAGCUCGUAUUGGAUUCUAAAUAUCCCACUUAUAUAAAAGUUUAGUUUUUAUAGAUCGUGCUGUACAGUUAAAAUAUCAUAUUCAUUAGCUUAUGAAUCUGUGUUGCAUUAGAACUGCAACACUGCAAACAAAUGCACUGGGUAAAAAGCUAAUGUACACAGAUGCACAGAACAUUGAUAAGAAGAUGAAUUGAAAUGAGUCACCAAUACAGUAAACUAAUAUCGUUAUUAGUUUGAUUCACCAGAAUGUGGACGUAUUUAGCUCAAAAUGGACAUAAUUUUGACUUUCCAAUAUUCAAAAAUCAUCUUGUCAAACUUGGUAUAAGUUUAGCUGAUGAUCUAACCUGUGCAGAUUGUCUCCAUGCAUUCUACGACAUUAUGGAGGAAAUGAAAGAAGUUAACAUAAAACCUAAAACAGAUGUAGAUUUAAUUGAUGAAGAAAAUACAGUCAAUAGCAUAAAGCUACCAGAAAUAGAUGAAAUUGACUUCUAUAGUGACAAUACACUUAUUGCUAAAGCAGUUAAUGAAAAUACACCCAAACGUACUGUUAUUGGAUGUGGGAAUAAAACUCCCCAAAAACCCCAUUCUUCUUUAGCUAUAUCAAAGGCACGUAGAAGGUUCCCAUGGAGUAAAGGCAAGAAGCCAGCAGAAAAAUAUAAACUGAAGGACAUCUAUUACAGAUUGUUGAAUCGGGAAGCUGUAGAUGCUCAUCAUGCUGAGAAUGACUGUUUGAUGGCUCUGCAGUGUGCUGUAGCCUUAGGGGAACCUUUUGUGCGUUGGGUUGAUGACAAUCACUGUUUGUUUUCUGAAGUCAAACCUAUGACUCCCGGCACACCUCUGGGCAGUUAACAUUUUUGAUAUACCUUAUAUAUUGUUUGCAUGUUUUGUGAUACAACUAUUUGAUAUUUAUAUUUUUUAGUUAAGAUGAUAUUAUAUUAGCA